AUGCGUCCUUCAGCGCCCGCCCUCCUAUUUGCUGUUUUUAGCCUCUUCAACGUUUCUGCAACAGCCUCGGCCUGCAAGUCUAACGAAUGGAUCAACCUUGCCCCAAUCCCAACUGCACGUCAGGAACACGGCACUGUCGCCAUAAGCAAUGAGACAAUUGCCAUCUUGGGCGGCAUUGUUGUCGUAGGCAGCGGCACGGAGAUGACCGAUUUGCUGCAGUUUUAUGACAUCCCUUCGGACACGUGGAGCACCAAGUCCGCUGUCCCUCGUAAAGUCAAUCACCCAAACGUUGCUGUCGUGGGCAAUAAGCUGUACUUGCUUGGCGGGUUGGUUGAUGGCCCAGCUGUUGCGGGCGUAUCCAUGAACUGGGUAGCUUCUGCAUCCUCUUAUGUUUACGAUGUCACUGCAGAUACCUGGAGCGACCUGGCCCCAAUGCCCAAUGGCACGGAGAAGGGAAGCUCCAUUGUUGGUGUCUACAACGAGAUGAUCUAUCUCGCUGGCGGUAUGACUGUGCUUCAGGAUACCUAUCAAGACGCUGUCAAUACUGUCGUAUCUUUCAACACGACUUCAGGCCAAUGGCAAAGGGUUGUGGCGAAUGCAGCCGAGCUGCCAGAGAGCCGCCAACACGGUACAGGCGCUGUGAUCGGCGACACCUUUUACGUCGUGGGUGGCAGAUGGUUUGGUCAGAUGAACACCCGUGACACGGUCUUUGAACUUGAUCUGACCAACCAGGAAACUGGAUGGAAGUCUAGUGCAGCUCACAUGCCAGUUUCCCGAGGUGGUAUCUACGGUGCCGCGGUUGGAGACAAGUUCUACGCCUUUGGUGGGGAAGGAAACCCAGACACUUCUACCGGCGUGUUCAACCAGUCCGAGGCUUUUGAUACGGAGUCACAGCAGUGGACCGAACUAAAUCCCAUGGCGGUCCCUCGUCACGGAACCCAGGCAGCUUCCGUUGGGGGCCUCGUUUACAUUCCCGGGGGUGGGCUUCAGCAAGAUGGCAAGGCGGUUUCCAUGAAUGGGUCUAUGAGCUAUAUGCAGCUGUCAUCCCAUUUUGAUGCUUACUGUGUUUGA